AUGGAUCGUCGUGUCGCAAUCGCAUCGCAAGUUGUAAUCGCCGCAUUGGUCGGCUAUUUCAUCUACAGAACAUUCAAUGCUCGGAAGCAGCAACCAUCCCUCAAGGAAGCUGCCCCUUCUUCUGCUGCCCCCCUCACUCCCAAGCAAAUUGAGCUCAUAAAGGCCACUGUCCCUGUCCUACAGGAACAUGGCACUGCUAUCACCACUACUUUCUACCGAAACAUGCUGACCGAGCAUCCGGAACUCAACAACGUGUUCAACACAGCCAACCAGGUCAAUGGUCACCAGGCACGCGCGCUGGCAGGUGCCCUUUUCGCAUACGCUUCCAAUAUCAACGACCUUGGUGCGCUCAGCCCGGCUGUUGAAUUGAUUUGCAACAAGCACGCGUCUCUCUACAUCCAACCGGAUGACUACAAGAUCGUUGGGAAAUACCUGUUGGAAGCCAUGAAGGAGGUUCUCGGUGAUGCCUGCACUGAUGACAUCCUCGACGCGUGGGCCGCAGCAUACUGGGCGCUGGCGGACAUCAUGAUUGCCCGCGAAGGCACACUGUACAAGGAGAGCCAAGGCUGGACCACUUGGCGCCAGUUCCGCGUGGCCAGGAAGGUCCGCGAGUCGGACGAGAUCACCUCGUUGAUUCUCAGGCCAGUCGAGGGCAAGGCACUACCUAGCUAUAAGCCAGGGCAGUACAUCUCCGUGCGUGUCGAUGUGCCGAGAUUGAAAUAUCCCCAAGCCCGGCAGUAUUCUCUCAGUGAUGCCCCUCGCUCGGAUUACUACCGCAUCAGCGUCAAGAAGGAGUCCGGCCUUGACCCCUGGGGUCCCGGCGCCAAGAGACACCCCGGAUACGUAUCCAACGUCCUGCACGAUAUCACCAAGGAAGGCGACCUCGUUGAAGUUUCUCACCCGUGUGGAGACUUCUUCCUGUCCAGUACCGAAGCCUCCCACCCUAUCGUCCUCCUAUCGGCCGGUGUCGGCGUUACUCCUCUAAUGUCCAUCCUCAACACCAUCACUGACUCCCCUUCCAACCAGCGCAAGAUCCACUUCAUCCACGGAUCUCGCAGCAGCCAGGCCCGCGCCUUCAAAGAUCACGUUCAGGCGCUGGAGAAGAAGUUCCACAACAUGCAGGUGACAUUCUUCAUCAGCACGCCGUCCGAUCACGAUCAACCUGGGGUCGACUACCACCGCCGGGGCAGGAUUGACCUGCAGAAACUCGACCACUCGGCUGACUUGCACUUGGACGACCCCCGCACCGAGUUCUACAUUUGCGGCCCUGAGUCUUUCAUGACCCAGAUGGAGGGUUCAUUGAAGGCCCGGGGUGUGGGCGGUGAUCGCAUCAAGAUGGAGCUGUUCGGCACUGGUGGUGUGCCUCACAACUAA